UUGUUUUUUUUUUUUUUAAGUUAUUCCUGUGCAACGAAAUGUUAUUCCGAUUUUACCCCCAACGUGAAAGCCGAUGAUCAUUACCCUCGAAGGUCUAAGCGCUUCACCCCACGCAAACCGGAUUCCGAAUCGGUCCAUAACCGGCGACGUGUCGUCGAUUGCUGUAGUUUAGAAGAUCAAGAAGCUCAGCUCUUCCAUCAUCGACUGCAACCUCUUCUGAAGAGGGUAUUUAAGAUUAGGUCACUUAACCUUUCGGAUGAUGAACUAUUGAACUCUGAAGUCCGAACCCGCCUUGCAUGCAUCUGCACAGAAACAAUUGUAAGAUCGCAGACGGCAAUUUGAGCUUUCGGUUUCUCUAAAGUUUUCGGUCGAUACUGUAUUUUCUCUAUACUCUCCCCUGUUUGGAAAUGGAGGUCUCAGCUUUUUCGGCAACUACUGGACGGUAUUCCUGUUCUUCUGCAGAUUUGGGAUCGCUAAAAACCAAGAAGCAUCCCAUUUGGCGUCAAUGCUCGGUGGCCAUUUCUCCGAAUAAAAAUGCCGGACAACCUUUACUGGUUCAAAUUGGAUUUACGACUCCAAAAAAGAACCGAUUCAAGGUGCUGUCAAGUCAAAAGAAAGAAAUUCCUGUUGUAGAGGCCAGGAAUAUUGAUGAGAUAUAUGAUGGUUUAGCUGAACGCCUUCUUCCUACAGCAGCAGUGGCAUCAAAUCCUAAUCUAAAGUAUAUCGUGGGUUUAGCUGGUCCACCUGGUGCUGGGAAGACCACUAUUGCAUCUGAAGUAAUUCGCCGAAUAAAUAUGCUGUGGUCCCAGAAGGCUCCUUCAAUGGCUUCUGAAGUUCAGCCUCCAAAUGUUGCUAUUGUUCUUCCCAUGGAUGGUUUCCAUCUUUACCGUCACCAACUUGAUGAAAUGGAGAAUCCAGAGGAAGCUUAUGCAAGAAGGGGAGCUCCAUGGACUUUUGAUCCCACACGACUGCUGACAUGCCUCAAGGCUCUUAGGAAUCAGGGAUCAGUUUAUGCUCCAUCAUUCGACCAUGGUGUUGGAGAUCCUAAAGAAGAAGAUAUUUUUGUGAACCUGCAGCACAAAAUAGUAAUAGUAGAAGGAAAUUACUUGUUCCUUGAAGAUGGCAUCUGGAAGGAGAUUUCUUCUAUAUUUGAUGAGAAAUGGUUCGUUGAAGUUGAUAUUGACACAGCAAUGCAACGAGUCCAAAAGAGGCAUGUUUCGACUGGAAAACCUCCUGAUGUAGCUAAAUGGAGGAUUGAAUACAAUGACCGGCCAAACGCAGAGCUCAUCAAUAAGUCAAAGAAGCAUGCAGAUCUAGUAAUCAGGUCAGUAGACUUCCAGAGCUGAUUCCGGAGGCCUAAUCAAAGGGGGAAAAAGAGGAGGAAAGCAUAGUCAAUACAGGAUAAUCUGAUUGAUUGUGGGUUUUGGUGCAUAUUCCUCCACCGUAAGGUGAAAAAAUAAAUAAAAUAAAACAAAGGAUUUUAUUGCUCCUUUGUUCUCUGUUAUUUUUUUUUUUGGGUGGGGAGAUGGUUUCAUCCAUUGAAAAUGCCAAGGACUCAAGGAUGACCACUUUAAUGAGGGAAUUCUAUAAAUUCAGUAUGUUCCUAGAAAAAGUUGCCUGUAUUUGGGAUAGUGACCAUAAUCUACAAGAUAAAAACUGAAUGCCAAAACAGGUAUACAAAGAAAAUAAAUGAAAGUGCUGCUAUAUUUGAUUGAUA